AUGGAAAAGUCGAUUGAGGACGUAGUGGCUUCUUGUUCUGCUUGUCAGUUAACUAGGAAUUCGGUACCUAAAGUACCGUUGCAGCAAUGGCCUACAACAUCAACUCGAUGGCAGAGGAUACACAUUGACUUUGCGGAGGAUCCAGAGUCGAGACAGCAACUUUUAGUUUUGAUUGACACAUACUCUAAAUGGUUAGAGGUAUUUAUCAUGAGUUCCAUGAAUUCUUCCAAGGUUAUUGAGAAACUCCGUACCUUGUUUUCAUCGUAUGGAUUGCCUGUCGAACUGGUGUCGGACAACGGAAGAUCUUUUACUAGUCAAGAGUUCAAAACCUUUUUGCAUAACAACAAUGUGAAGUUCACAUUAACUCCCCCGUAUCAUGCGGCUUCAAAUGGAUCUGCAGAGAGAAGUGUUCAGGAGGUCAAGAAAAACCUUUUGCGUCAAGUGAUUGAGGAACAUCAGCGUUCUCAGCGUACCACUCUUCAAAUGAAAUUAGAUAAUUUCUUGUUUGCGUACCGCAACACUCCAAAUACAGUUACUGGCUUAACCCCUGCAGAAAUGUUCCUGUCUUGGAAGCCUCGUACUCAGUUGGUUAUGUUAAAACCCAAUCUCCAGUCAUCCAUUGAUCAAAAACACAGGGAACAAAAAGAUGCAGCUGAUAGGUUUAGGGGAAGAAGCAGAUUUUUCUCAGAAGGUCAGGCAGUCUAUGUCAAAACUGUCCGAAAUGAAAAGAUAUCUUGGGUUCCUGGCAAAAUAAUUCUAAAGAGAAGUCCGGUCACCUAUCUGGUGAGUGUUAUUGGUGGAAAACCCCGAUUUUGUCAUGCGGAUCACUUGAGAGCUCGGUAUGCAGAAGAGGAGGAGAUUUUUGUAUCACCCAAGGAUCCCGUUGUAUCACCCCAAGUACCCAAGAAUUCACCCCCGCCGGAGGAUCGACCAACUUAG